AAUUUAACCAAGAGUAAACAAUUCUUCUUCCAUUGAACUCUCCCUCUCCCCCUUCACGUUUUCAACUGCAAAGUUGCUGUUUUCAGCUUCUUCCCCAUUUACAACCUCUUCUCAAAAUUAUCAAUGAUUCCCAAAAUCAAAUCUUGCUGUUUGUUACACGUCUGCCAUUAUUAUUCCUUUUUCUUCCAUUGAGUAAUACUAAUAAGAUUCUGAGGUGAUUUGUAAACAUGGGUUGUUCUUUUCAUUUCACACGGAUUCACCAUUAAAAAGUCUUUGCAAUUUCAAUUUUUUCAAAACCUCAACUCGACACGACCCUUUUCUUUCUUUUUUGUUUUCUUUCCUCUCUCUUAUUCAACAACUCUCCCUUUUCUUCUUGCUUUUCCUUCUUUUUCACCCACUCUCUCUAACUAAACUCUUGACCAAAAAAAUCUCAUGCUGAAUCAAAUCCCCCUCAAGGGGGUGGACAAAACCCCCAAUUUCUCUCCUUAGACUUCCUUUUUUUUUUUUUUUUCAAAUUCUUCCUAAUUUCUUUUGGCUUUGAGUUCAAAAACUUUGUGGGUUUCGUUUGGAAUUAGGUUCUGAAUAAUGGGUAAUAGCCUAAUUUGUAAGUCAAAGAAGGAUGUCAAAGAGAUUGGAUCUCGAAGCAAGAGAAUGGGUCGGUCCCAGAGGAAGUUGCAGAGUGAGGAAGAGUAUUUGCAGAAGCAAGCUCUCUCAUUGGCUCUUCAACAGCUUCAAUUAUCUCAGAGGUUUGAUGGAUCCACUUCCAAAAGAAUUGGCUCGACAAGCUCUCGAAGACGCAAUCUCUCCGAUCCAUUUUCUAAUGGGAAGCAGGGGAAGAAAGAUUCAAAGUUAUGUGGAGCAGAUGUGGCUUCUGGUGAAGCAAAUGUGCAGGCACCUGAAUUUCUGGAAAAUCUGAAAGAAAAAAAGUUCGUUUUAGUUCAUGGUGAAGGAUUUGGAGCUUGGUGCUGGUACAAAACUAUUUCUCUACUAGAGGAAGUCGGAUUAUCUCCCAUAGCCAUUGAUCUCAAAGGUUCUGGUAUUGAUCUAACAGAUACAAACAGGGUGAAUACUCUAGCAGAGUAUUCAAAGCCAUUGACUGAUUAUCUACAAGAUCUUCCUGAUGAUGAAAAGGUUGUUCUAGUUGGCCACAGUAGUGGAGGCGCUUGUCUUUCUUAUGCAUUGGAACAUUUCUCAAAUAAAAUAUCGAAAGCAAUUUACGUCUGUGCAACGAUGGUGGCUACUGGCCAGAGACCUUUUGAUGUAUUCAUGGAAGAGCUUGGAUCUGAAGAGAUUUUUAUGAAAGAUUCGAAGUUUUUGAUCUAUGGGAAUGGAAAAGAUAAACCGCCUACAGGAUUCAUGUUUGAGAAAGAGCAAAUCAAAGGGUUGUAUUUCAAUCAAUCUCCUACCAAGGAUGUUGCCUUGGCAAUGGUUUCAAUGAGACCCUUCCCAUUGGGUCCAGUCAUGGAGAAACUCUCACUAUCCCCUGAAAACUAUGGAACCGGGCGCCGAUUUUUCGUCCAAACGCUCGAUGAUCACGCACUCUCACCUGAUGUUCAAGAAAAGUUGGUGAGGGUAAAUCCACCUGAAAGAGUUUUCAAGAUAAAAGGCAGUGAUCAUUGCCCCUUUUUCUCUAAGCCACAAUCACUACACAAGAUUCUCCUGGAAAUUGCUCAAAUACCAUAAUCUAGGCUCACUCUCCAUCUGUCUCAUAGAAAGAACAAAAAGAAGAAUAUUUUUUCCUUCAUUUCAUUUUUAAGUUAUUUAUUUAUAGCAGAACCCAAAAAACAAAAACAAAACGAAAAACUUGGAUCCAGAUAACUCAUCUCCUGGUGUUAGAA